GGAGUAGAGAGGUUGUUCCAAACAUUCUUUUUCUUUCUUUUUGAUAGCAUAAACCAAAAAAGGCUAGACAAUGGAUAAACAACUCGCCACAUCCUAUAACAUCCUAUGCCACCACUUGUUUUCUUUUCUUUUCCAUCUCUUUUAUACCAUUGAAUUAAGCCUGAUUUUUCACUCCCUCAUAUCUUCUUCAUAUCUCCUAAGUGACAAUCAUGGCUAAACCCCUCCCUCCAACACAAAGCCCAACCAUUCUUGAACCUAAAACCCCUUUUCUUGAUCAACACCAUAACAAUGAAAAUACACUAAACUUCAACUUAGCAGUGAUAAUUGCAGCCCUAAUAUGUGCUUUGCUUUGUGCUCUUGGCCUAAACUCUAUGUUACAAUGUGUAUUUCAAUGCACUCAUAGGACAAUUUCUGAGCCAGUUGAAUGGGUAGCUUCAAAGAGAAUGAACACAGGGCUUAAGAAAAAAGAUAUGGUUGCUUUGCCAACAUCUACUUAUAAUAAUGCAAAUUCUAGUGCUUCUUCUUCUUUUUCUUCAUCAGUUUCAAGCUGUGCUAUUUGCUUGUUGGAUUUCAUGGAUGGUGAGAGAAUUAGGGUUCUUCCUCAAUGUAAUCAUUCUUUCCAUGUUGCUUGUAUUGAUAAAUGGCUGCUCUCACAUUCCUCUUGCCCUACUUGUAGGCUUCAUCUCAAGUCCGGUAAUUGUUUGCCAUUUUUGUAGAAUAAUAUUGUCACAUUUCGUAAUUGAAAUGUCUUCUAUA